CCCCCGAACCGCUCCCGGCCCCCCCGGUUCUCCUCCCCGCAGACCUGCUGGACCCCCGGGAGUCCCGCGGUCUCCAAGGCAACCGCAUCCCGACCCCCAUCAUGAUCGUGGCGGACCCCGACGGCCGCCCCGAAAGCCAGUCCUUCCUGCCCUGCGCCCAGUGCGGCCCCGCCGGGCCCGGAGAGGAGGUGGGAAUGGGCCCCUCCCGGCAGCUGUCCUGGGGCCCCAGUGUCUUCAUUCCCGCGGAGGAGGUCCUGCAGGGAGGAUCCGGCGGCCGGGAAGAACCGGCGUUGGGGGCCGGGGCCGGGCCCGCCAACAUCGCCAUGGUCAUGGGGCUGCACCCGCACUACCGGAGCAGCUUCUGGAAGAUGCAGGACCUGCUGCUGCGCAUGGAUGGGGCCCUGCCCUGCCAUUGGAGGCAUUACAUCGCCAUCAUGGCCGCGGCCAGACACCGAUGCUCCUACCUGGUUGGCUUCCACACGGCUGAGUUCCUGCGUGUUGGGGGGGACCCGGGGUGGCUCCGAGGUGUCCACCGGGCCCCCGAGAAACUACGCGGGCUCAGCGAGGUCAACAAGCUGCUGGCCCACCGGCCCUGGCUGCUCACCUGCGGGCACAUUGAGGCCCUUCUGAAGCCCGGGGAGCACAGCUGGUCACUGGCAGAGCUGACCCAGGCCCUCGUCCUGCUCACACACCACCACGCCCUCGCCUCCUUCGUCUUCGGCUGUGGCAUCCUGCCAGAACGUGAGCCGGCCGGCACCCCGACGUCCCGGGACUCCCCACCUCACGGUGGUCAGCGCAGCCCGCCCGGCCGGGACGACGUGGACAGCGGCAGGGUCCAGGACUCUGACGCGGCCCAUGAGGUCGGGGCACUGAUGGAGCGCAUGAAGCAGCUGCAGGAGGGCCGAGGGAUGGAGGAGGGGGUAGCCUCCCGUGAGGAGAUGGAGAACAGCUUCGAGCUGGAGAAGACUGAGAGCCUGCUGGUCACCCCCUCAGCUGACCUGACACAACCCUCCUUGCCCCCGGACAUGCUGGGCUUUGUGGAAGACCCAAAAUUUGAAUACCAGGACUUCACCCGACGAGGGGAGCAGACCCCACCAACCUUCCGAGCUCAGGACUACAGCUGGGAGGAUCACGGCUACUCCCUGAUCAGCCGGCUGAACCCGGAGGUGGGCCAGCUGCUGGACGAGAAGUUCCAGGCCGUGUGCAGUCUGACCUACAACACUCUGGCCACGCACCGCGGCGUGGACACCUCCGUGCUGCGCAGGGCCAUCUGGAACUACAUCCACUGUGUCUUCGGCAUCAGGUACGACGACUACGACUACAGCGAGGUGAACCAGCUGCUGGAGCGGAGCCUCAAGCUGUACAUCAAGACGGUGGCCUGCUACCCCGAGAGGACGUCCAGAAGCAUGUACAGCCACUGCUGGACUCAAUUCCGCCAUUCAGAGAAGGUCCACGUGAAUCUGCUGCUGCUGGAAGCCCGCAUGCAGGCCGCCCUGCUCUACGCCCUCCGCGCCAUCACGCGCUACAUGACCUGACACGGACCCACCCUUCUCCCGACUGAGCCCUGGGGUCCGCUCUCUCUGUUUCCUGUUUUUCAGGAGCAGAGAAAAGAGCGGGCCCAGAGGCCGAGCCUGCUCUGGGCUGGGGGCUUGGAGCCUCUGAUGGACUUUGGGGUGGGGCGUGUGGGGUGGAGGGACGGCUCCCUACUUCCUAACACUCUAGAGCCGGCGGCACAAUGGGGAAGUGGUCGUCUUGCCCUCUGACCCCCUCCCACUCGCCACCCCAGGUGGAGAGACUCUUUCCUCAAUCCCUUUGGUUCCUGUCAUAGGUUUCUGCUUUACUCAUGUCUGACCCUCCAGUGUGGCUGCCAGAGAGAUGGGCAGAGUUUGGGCAAGGAUUUCUUCGCUCUCCCGCCCCCCAUCUCCAUUCACAGCUCAGCAGGACUGGUAGCUGUCCCCCCCCCGCCACAAACACACGUAUACGCCAACCUCCCACAAGCACAGACGUGUCCCCUCACACCUCCCUCCCCCCCGGUUCCAAACCCAUCACAAAAAUCGACCCAUCUUCCCCACGCUGCCUUCUGGGACCUGGAAGGAAGUGGCGGCAGCUCCAAGAGUAACUAGGCCCCCCGGCGCAACUUGGGUCCUUAACUCUUCCCCUCCAUCCCUGCCACUCAUUGGUGGGAGAAGAGAACCCCUUCCCCAACCCCCAGGGUCCCAGUUUUCUCCCCCUCCCCUGGGUCUGCCCAUGACCCUGCCUUCCAUUGCACUUUUAGGACUUGUAAACUGUGAAUUCUGAACCUCAACCCCUGCCCACCAUCUCCACCACCGCUACCACCUGCUUGGCCAGGCCUGUGUCCCCUGCUGCUGGCCAGCGGCCCGCCCUUCGGGGCCUGGCAAGGGGAGCAGAACCGCUCUCUCUGCUCCUGUUCCCCGGGUAGGGGGGUCGGGCCAGCUGGCUGGUUGCCGAGGGACGGGGCCGGCAGGUGGGAAGCCAGACCCUGGGCUGAGAGUGGGGGCUAGCUGGGUGGGGAUUAUUGGGGCACAGCUGGACCAGGCCACGCUGGUCGAGGCUAGAGGCCAGUGACCGGUCACGGGCCCCCACUGCCAGACCAGGGCCAGGAUCUGACUUGGGCAGAGGAUGGGCUCUCUGGGCCCACUGAAAGCCCCAGAGAGACAAGCUGAGAGUUUUGGGGCCAGGAAGAAGGGACACGGUGUUCCAUGCAGUAAGAGUGGGGUGGGGGGCCUAUCCAGGUCCCACCCCCCUCCGGUGACAAAUAAACGCUCUGCGAUGUUUGUAAA